GUUUGGAAGUAAACAAACGGGCAGCGGAGGGUAAACAGCGCGUUGGCUUAUUAUAAAUUUUUCCAUUGCCCUGCUGACGUAAGAAACAAUUGUCCAUAUUAAGUGUGGCGCAGGAGAGGGAAGAUUAUAGAAUGAGCUCUGCACAGGAACAAAGGGAGAUGCAGGAGACUGGGGAGGGAGGGCCACAAGACCCACAAGAGAAGGCCAGAGUACGUAGGAGCAAAAAGCCAGAGAUUCAACUGUACAGGCCUGGUGCUCUCCGCAGCCUUCGCUCCAAUAGCUCCAGUGACCUUCCUCCUCAGAGUCCAGAGAGCCACACCACAAAGCCUGACACUGUGGUAGAGGCAAGUGAUGACAGACAGAAGACUGACAUACCAAGGAGGACAUCUGUCAAGGGAAGAAAAGAAAGGAGAAAUGCAAAGGAGAGUGUAGGUGGAAAGGGAGAUGACACUGGGGAGAGGGACAAGAGAAGUGCGAAAGAAGUUGAUAGACUUUCACCAAAUAAAGAAAGUGAUAAUAACUUUGGGGCAACAUAUUCAUCAUUUAAAACUGAGGAGAGACCAUUUUCUAGCAAGCCACAAAAGGAACGCCCCACUCUCAAUCUGACAACUAUGUAGCAAGUAAUGUACGGCCUACCAAAGAAAACCGCCACCCACAACCUGUGAGGCACAGUAAAGAGACAAACCCAGUACCCAAGUCUGUUGUAGAGAAUAGAGAGAGCAAGGCUGAGGAGAGGAUCACACCACCCUCUAUUGAUGACAGAGGCAGCGGGAGGAAGAAUCCAAAUAUGUCCAACCAAACACACCAUGAGCACAGUGAAAAAAAGAGCUCAGCUGAAAAAAUGAGACCAGAUAACCCUGCUGGUAGACUAUUUGGCAAAAGUUUAGUAAUACAGAAUGAGAAGAAUGCUCCUGAAAGAAAGCCUGCAAGAAGAGAAGAAAGGAGGCGUGGAAAACCAGAAAAGCAGCCUGGGACAGAAGCUGCAGCCAAACCAUAUAACACUGAAAAGCACUUUCCUGAGAGGAGCCAGCACAUGAAUAAGAGUUCAGCAGUUCAACAAGCAAAAUUGAGAAAUAACAGCAACAACAAUGAAUUCUAUGCAUGGGUACCAGAGAUAGUUGAGGCCAAGAGUGAUCAAAAGACCAGUCCAGAGAAACCUAACACCAAGAGGGAAAAAUCACGUUUUGGGAAGCAUUCAGUGAUAACAGAAACCUCUCCUCAGAAUGACCAGCCAAGAGGAAGGGCCAAUGAAAAGGUAGCAGAAGGAGAGGGGAAGCCAAGACACACUAACAGGGAUAAAUUUGAAGGAACCAAAUCAGAUAACAACAAAGGAAAUUAUGAACAGCCUUAUUCAAAGAAAGAGGAGUCCAGGGGUAGUAAGUGGACCCAGAAAAUACAAGAUAAAGCAGACUCAGAAACUCUACCAGAUAUUGAAAGCUUAAAACUAUAUGACACUGACUCAAAAAGUGUGCAGGAGCUAGCAGCUAAGGUAGAUAAGCUAGUCUGUAGCAAGAACAUGGGAAAGUCCCCCAAUUUCAAGAAGGGUCGAGGUUGGUCUGAUUAUCAUGUUGAAACCAAGAAUUAUCUUCAUGCUGACUAUAAAAAAGGUACUUUGCUAGAAGACAGUACUUCCAUUAGUACCUCAGAGACCCAAGAGAAGGGAAAAACAGGAAACAAAAAUGAGGGCAAGGUUUCUCCUGUCAGCACAGCAAAAAAAGAGAAUCUUGAGAAGACACCACGAGCCAAGAGCUACUUAAGUGCUAGGGAGAGUAGAAAGAAAAGAGGGAAUAGCAAAACCCCUAGUCCAGGAAACCACCUCUCCAGCCAGAGAGAGGAGCUUAAGGUUGAAGUGUCACCAAACACAGACUCUCAUGAGAGAGUUGUUCACCUGUCCCAGAAGAAUGAGUCUAAUUCCAGUGAGCAUAGGAAGCCACACCAGGGACGAGGGGCCUCAGAACCUCCCAUUAGUAAAAAGGCAGAGGAAAGUCCACCCUACCCCCAGAAAGCAACAGUUACCAUCAAGAAUAAAUCAUCCAGAUACCACAAACCAUCUGGCAGUUUACAUGGUGAAAAAUUUGCUUCUGGUAAAUAUGACAGUGAGGAUGAUAUGAUGCUGCAUGAUGCUGAAGAUGACUGGGGGAGGGAAGUGGACCAUGACAUGAUUUGGUGCAAUCAGCCUGAUAAGAAGAGUGGACUUCAGUCCUGGGAGGAUGAAAAACUGUUCUGUAGGAAUAGGAGAGUGAAACACCACUCAGAGGGAGAGGACCCAUGCCAGAGGGUGGAUAGCCCUGGUCGCAGAGGAGGGCUAAUACAGUUGCCAACCACCACUAGUAGAGAGGCUUCUGUCCCAGAACCAGCAGUCCCUCGUCAAGCUGCCACCCAACCAACAGUGGUACAGAGGCACUUGUAUAAUCCUAACAAUCCCAGUAAGCCAGUGGCAGUGGUGCCCAGUGCCCGGGAUCUGCCAGUGACCCGUGAGACUCAGCGGGGCAGCAGCUGGGGCAGUUCUGGGGAGGCUGCGUCUGGAUCAUCUUUACCGCAGGUAGGACAGGCCACUGAGUACCACAUGGAGGGCAGCAGCACCAAAGUAGACCCCAGCCUGCUAUACAGUAUCAGCAAGGGGGAAAUGGAUAUCAGUUAUUAUGUGAGUAGUAACCAGCUGCCAGUGGAGUUCCGACGCAUCAUGGACAUCCGAAUGCACCUUCAGGGAUGCUAUCAGCAACUCCUUGUGUCUGACAUUCGUCUGUGCCAGGAGAAAAACAUUGAAGGCAGCCUGUGGAAGACCCUUUACUACACCAUCAUUGAGAAGCUCCGGGAGUACAUCAACCGAGAGGCAACCCUGAAGGAACGCAGCCUGGCCACCCUGCUGAUGCUGGUGGAGGAGGGCUUGCGCUAUCUCCAAGACCUCCUGGAGGCCCUACAACAGGAGUAUGGCUUUACCCUAGAGGACUACCUGGAGGAGGAAGGGGAGGUGAGGGGCCGGGUGAGGAUGGCACUUCUCUCGGCCCAGAAGCUGCUCCUGUCCCUGGGAGAUCUGGCGCGCUACAAGGAACAAUAUAAUGCUUCACCUAACUACAAUAUUGCCAAAAAAUGGUACCAGAUGGCUCUCCAGGUGUACCCUCGGAAUGGCCGACCCUUCAACCAGCUGGCUAUUAUUGCUUUCAGUCAGAAGCGACCGCUGGAUGUUGUUUAUUACUACAUGCGCUCCCUCACAGCCUCCAACCCCAUCAUGUCUGCCCGGGAUGCCCUUGUGGCCAUGUUUGAUGACAUCAGGAAGAGGUAUGUGUCAGUGCAGCAGUCUGAGCCACAUCCUGAAGGCACAAGGAGCAGCCUGGGCCGGUCUCUAAGCCAUGAAGGUCUGAGGCAGGAGCUGUGGAUCAGGCCAGACUCCGGGGUCACCAACUGCCGCACACUGUCUUCCUCCAACAAUGAGGACACCACUGACAAGGAUGACGACCUGAAGAAGAUACCAGUGGAGCAGUUGAUGAAGCAGUUCCUGGCCGGCUACCUGCACUGCCACGGGAUGCUGUUCUCUGGCGUGGGUCUGGAUGGCUUCCGUGAUUGCUGCUUUAAUAUGCUGCAGGAGUUCUCUGUGUUGCUGAGAGCCUCCCCUCCCCGCCUCUCCACCAACCACCUGCUGCAGAUCAUGGCUAUAAAUAUGUAUGCCAUUACUAACACUGAACUGAAGGACGCGCGGGUGGAGGACAGCGGGUAUAGAUCGGCGGCACAAGAGCUGGCCCUCGUGCUGGCCCAGGAGAUGAUGGGCCAGCUGGUGCGUGUGGUGGUGAUGAUGAUGCCCGAACACGUCCACCACCACCCGCCGCCCUCCUCGACCUCGCCAGCCUCCGCCACCACCGCCUCCUCCUCGCCCCCUGACGCCGCCGACGCCUUCAGACUCUUCUCCCCCACACUGGCGCACUUCAUGCCUCCCCUUAAGGCGUGGUGUGACUGGCUCCUCUACAACAGCCCCGUCUGGAACCCGCCGCCCCCUGUUGCUCGAGACUACAGUGUAGACGGAGAAGACAUGUGGGCCAGUGUUGCAGAGCUGGCCACCAUCCUACGAGGCUUUGGGACUCCUGAUGUUCCCCUCACACAGUCCACGGCAGGCAGUAGUCCACCCUCGGGAGACCUGGUGCCCCUUAGACUCUCUGAAGACACAUUCCUGCGGGGGUAUGAGCCUCUGCUGUCCGCCCACUCCUCCAUAUUCUUCGCUCCAUCCACUGCUCUAAUGGGCCGGGCUCAGGACUGGGCGCGUGUCUCAAGGCUGCAAACAUGCUUGUGUCAAUUCCUGUGUGGUGUGGACCCUCCCGUGCUCCGUCUGCAGAAGACUGAACAGGGAGACAUGUUGGUGUCCGUUGUUGACACUUCCCCGCCACCCUCCCCUGCUGCUGUCAAGAGUUCCUUCAGUGGAUCAGAUGUGGAGGUGGAGGAGUCUCUGAGUGAGAGUGAGACGUCAGAAUGUGGAGAAGAGGAACAGGAUUUGGAGGGAAGCAUGGAGGAAGAUGGUCUAUCCUCCACUGUCAAGCUGCUGAAGAAGAGGAAGAUGAUGCUGGAGAAGAAACACCGCCGCCAGAAACGAUUACAUAGUCUCCUGGAGGGCUCAGUCACGUUAGAGAUGGAGGUCCGUCCCCGAUACCUUGUGCCGGACACCAACUGCUUUAUCGAACACCUAGACGUGGUGCAGGACUUGGCCGGCGGUCCCUACACAGUAAUGGUCCCUCUUGUCGUACUGAACGAGCUCGACGGACUGUCCCGAGACGCUGUGGUGGCCAAGUACCGGUCUGUAGGGCACGCCGUGAGGGUGAGAGAGGGCGCCGCCACAGCCCUUCACUACCUGAGAACAUCGCGGCCGCUGUCGAUCAAGUGUGUCACCUCGCAGGGCUCCGUGCUCUCCUCCACGCUCUUCACCUCCGAGAUGGACCUGCCCGACGCCACUAACGACGACAAAAUACUCUCCUGUUGCGUCCACUUCUGCAGCGACUCCACCCAGAGGCGCCCCAUCCGAGCGGGAGUUCGACGACUGUACCGGGAAGUUGUGCUGCUGACGGAGGACCGCAAUCUAAGAGUGAAGGCCCACGCACGGGAUGUGCCCGUCAGGGACCUGCUGGACUUUGCGCGGUGGGCGGGUGUGAGGUGAGGAUGGCACGAGAUAUCCGCUGCCACCCACCCACUGCAGAUUCCAUCACCCAGUGUCGCCUAGAUUUCACCUACGUCUUGUUGAUGGAGAAGGAAUUAACACGGAUCAUUACAGUUUUUGUUUGAUAGGAGACCAGAGCCAGGAUGGCCCUGCUGACGAAGAGGCGUCCUUCGACAUGGCUCUCAGCGAGUCUGCGUCCAAUGCUCACCCAUUGUCGUGUGCGCUGCUGCAGGUCGGGCGAAGGAAGGGACCGACGUGUCCUGCAAGCAGAGGGACCAGCUCACUCCAGUGACCCUCAGCACAUUGUCGCUGCCGCCGUCGCCAGGAGGAAUCACCAUCAGGUUCAAAACAUGUUUUUUACCUAAUACAUUCACCUCGCUUCAUUUUAAUUCUUCAAAUAAAGUGUUUUGUUUUACUGUCCUGCCCCGGCAGAGUAACAUAGUUUUCCUCAUCACCGGAGCGCUUGCUUACUUAAUUUUUGGUGUGGAAGCCGCCCGCCGGCACGCCGCGCCCCGCACCGCCCACCCCGGCACAACCUGAAGCAAGCUGCGUGCCAGCCGUGCCGCGGAGUGGGCUGCCUGGGCUAGCGGCACCAAAGUACUUACCUCCUCGCGCUGCGCUAUUUAUUGUUACUAUUAAGCCAGAUGAUUCUGCUGUGUGUGGGAAGUGCAAAACAAAAGUAAAAGUAAUAUAUUUUUUUAUUUUAGGAAGGAGAGUUCAUUAUUUACAGGAUGAAAUUAAAAUUCUUUUACGGUAAUGUUUGUACAUAAUAAUUUGAAUAAUAAAUUUAUUCAUCCCUUUGCG